AUGGGAGGAUUGAAAACAGGAGAGAUUGAUUUUUCUCAGUUAUUCGUGACCCUCGGGAUUUCUACACCAUUUUUAGGCUCCCGCGUGAGUUCACUCAUCCUUGGCCCCAGUCCUGACAAGGCCCCGCCCCCGCUCCCUGUCUGGCCGGAAGGGCCGUCGCGCCGCCUCCCCAACUGUGCUGCCGGCAGCGCGGGGAUGGCAGCGGCGGUCGCGGCGGCUCCGGGGGGCCCGAGCAUGGACCCCCGGCUGGACCAGGAGACGGCGCGGUGGCUGCGAUGGGACAAGAAUCCUUUAACUUCAGAGUCAGUGAAACAACUAAUUGCAGAUGGUAACAAAGAAGAACUAGAAAAAUGCUUUGGAGCUCGAAUGGAGUUCGGGACAGCUGGCCUUCGAGCUGCUAUGGGAACAGGAAUUUCUCAUAUGAAUGACUUGACCAUCAUCCAGACUACACAGGGAUUUUGCAGAUACCUGGAAAAACAAUUCAGUGAUCUGAAGCAAAGAGGUGUUGUGAUUAGCUUUGAUGCCCGAGCUCAUCCACCCAGUGGAGGCAGCAGCAGAAGAUUUGCCCGCCUUGCUGCAACCACAUUUAUCACUCAAGGGAUUCCUGUGUACCUCUUUUCUGGUAUAACCCCAACCCCCUUUGUGCCCUACACAGUGUCGCAUCUGAAACUUUGUGCUGGAAUCAUGAUAACUGCCUCCCACAAUCCAAAGCAGGAUAAUGGGUACAAGGUCUACUGGGACAACGGAGCUCAGAUCACCUCUCCUCAUGAUAAAGGGAUUUCUCGAGCUAUCGAAGAAAAUCUAGAGCCGUGGCCUCAAGCUUGGGACGAUUCUUUAAUUAAUGGCAGUCCACUCCUUCAUGACCCAAGUGCUUCCAUCAAUAAGAGCUACUUUGAAGACCUUAAAAAAUACUGUUUUCACAGGAAUGUGAACCGGGAGACUAAGGUGAAGUUUGUGCAUACAUCUGUCCACGGCGUGGGCCAUGACUUUGUGCAGUCGGCUUUCAAGGCUUUUGAUUUUGUUCCUCCCGAGGCUGUUCCCGAACAGAAAGAUCCUGAUCCUGAGUUCCCAACAGUGAAAUACCCAAAUCCUGAGGAGGGGAAAGGUGUCUUGACUUUGUCUUUUGCCUUGGCUGACAAAACCAAGGCCAGAAUCGUUUUAGCGAAUGAUCCAGAUGCUGAUAGACUUGCUGUGGCAGAAAAGCAAGACAGCGGUGAAUGGAGAGUGUUUUCAGGCAAUGAGUUGGGGGCCCUCCUGGGCUGGUGGCUUUUUACCUCCUGGAAAGAAAAGAACCAAGAUCACAGUGCCCUCAAAGACUUAUACAUGCUGUCCAGCACCGUCUCCUCCAAAAUCUUGCGGGCCAUUGCCUUAAAGGAAGGCUUUCACUUUGAGGAGACACUAACUGGCUUUAAGUGGAUGGGAAACCGAGCCAAACAGCUAAUAGACCAGGGGAAGAAUGUCUUAUUUGCAUUUGAAGAAGCUAUUGGAUAUAUGUGCUGCCCUUUUGUUCUGGACAAAGAUGGAGUCAGCGCCGCUGUCAUCAGCGCCGAGUUGGCUAGCUUUCUAGCAACCAAGAAUUUGUCUUUGUCUCAGCAGCUAAAGGCCAUUUAUGUUGAAUAUGGCUACCAUAUUACCAAAGCUUCCUAUUUUAUCUGCCAUGAUCAAGGCACCAUUAAAAAAUUGUUUGAAAACCUUAGAAACUACGAUGGGAAGAAUAAUUAUCCAAAAACUUGUGGCAGAUUUGAAAUUUCUGGCAUUAGAGACCUUACAACUGGUUAUGAUGAUAGCCAACCUGAUAAAAAAGCUGUUCUCCCUACUAGCAAAAGCAGCCAAAUGAUCACCUUUACCUUUGCUAAUGGGGGUGUGGCGACCAUGCGGACCAGUGGGACGGAGCCCAAAAUCAAGUACUAUUCAGAACUGUGUGCACCCCCUGGAAAUAGUGAUCCUGAGCAGCUGAAGAAAGAACUAAAUGAACUAGUCAGUGCUAUUGAAGAACAUUUUUUCCAGCCACAAAAGUACAACCUGCAACCGAAGGCAGAGUAAAAUAUUCUAGCCUUGGGCAUAAUUACAGUUAAGCUGAACUUCAUUCAUUCAGUAAUGUGUUUGAGGAACAAGUGACUUGAACAAUCACUACAAGCAUUUAUGCAUUUUUAAUAGACCUACAUUCUUCAUUCUAUUGUUGACCUUUAAGGUGAAUAAAGAAAAGAUGGACAAACCUAACAAACCAACAUUUCCUUUUACACGGUUGAGCCUGGGCAUUAUCUGAAUUAAAAAAUAAAGAUUUUUAAAAUAGCUAACUCAAAAAUAUAUUGUAAUUAGUAUGCUUUAAUCAGAAUAAAUCA